GCGAAAUAAAUAUGUACUCUCCACAUUGGAGUUUUAAAAAGUGUAUUGACGUAAACAAUGGCGGAUUCGGGAAAUCAAUCAUCAGAUAUGCAAAAUAUUACUGAUGUUCCAACGUGUCCAAUUUUUCCAGACCACCCAAAUCAAUGUACCAUCAUUAUAAAUGUGAGGAGAGUAUUUGCUUCCAUAUCCCUCAUAGGCUGCAUAUUUAUCAUCCUGGUUAUAUGGCUGUUCAGGAAAUACAUUGCAUUUUCACAGAGACUGAUACUGUACAUGAGUUUUGCAGCUUUAAACAUCAGCAUCUCAUAUUUGAUGGGAGAACUUCACCCAGAUGGACCAUUGUGUGAUUUCCAAGCUUUUUGGAUGUCUUUCUUUGAUUGGUCGGUGUUACUAUGGGUCAGUUGUAUUACACUGAACUUAUUUAUCAACGUUGUUUGGGGCAAAACCACAGAAAAAUAUGAAUGGUUGUACCAUCUUGUAAGUUGGGGAGUUUCUCUAUUCAUGUCACUGCUGCCGUUUAUCGGGAACCAUUAUGGUCCUGCAGGUGCUUGGUGUUGGAUUAAAGAUAAUUGGAGGUGGAGAGUUGGUGUCUGGUAUGGUCCACUAUUUGGCAUGUUGUUUAUCAUGGUUGUAGCCUACAUCUACAUAUCUUGUGUCCUCAGCAGAAAGGCAGCAACAUGGGAAGGCACAUAUGAUCCAGAUACUGAGAGGAAAAAGUCAAUGCUGAAGGAGGACAUCAAGCCCCUAAUGGCGUACCCUUUUGUCUACCUCGCAACUUCUCUCUUCCCUUUGAUUAACAGGAUACAGAAUGCUGUUCACAGUGGUCACCCCGUGUUUGCUCUGGUUCUGUUAGCCUCGAUUUCAUCACCAUCACAAGGUGCUAUAAAUGCUAUAGUGUUUGGCUUAGACAGGGAGACAUUCCGUAGACUCACACCGUCACAAAUCAAGAUGGCCUGGUCACAUCACACUAAUCGAAAAGUUGUCCAUGAGUUUCCCAUACCACUUAGAUCUAGGAACAUGCAUCUACUUGACACAGAGCAGCAUGUGCCUCUUUUAAGAUGAUCAGUGUCAUAUAAAUGCUUGGCUUGUUAGCAGACGAUGACUCUACAGAACAGAUUCACAAGGAAAGCGGUGAUACACGAGUUUCCUGAGGAACGGAGCGGGAUGGAUACAGAAUACUGACAGUUACUGAGAGGUCCCCUAGAGGGCAGUGAUGAUGACGACCUCUAGGUCAUAGGUCAAUGACUUAUAGGUCAAAGGUCAAAAUAUAAACUGCUAUAAAUACAUAUAGAACAGUUACACUCUAUAACUUUGAACAUUGUACAUUAAUUUAUUGUAUUUAUUAUAAGUGACCAAUUUCAUACAGAAAAUAAAUAAUUUUGUUGUUAUCAGGUUAGUUAAAGGACCACAUACUACUAAAUUUGUGUUCUUAGUAUAUAAGUUAUCUCUUUUUUAUUGAUUUGUGUAAACUGAUGGAAUUUUGAUUAUUGAGUUAAGUUAUUCUCAGUAUUAUUGUAAAAGUUUGUCAUGACAGUUUGAUAAUUUUGAUAAUUUUUAGCUCGACUUUUCUAUGAAAAGGGGAGCUAUCCUACUCGCCCCGGCGUCGGCGUUGGCGUCGGCGUUGGCGUCACACCUUGGUUAAGUUUUUCGUACCACCCCACUUUAUUUCAGAAGUAUUACAAGUAUGGCUUUGAAACUUACCAUACUUGUUCACCAUCAUAACCUCCAUCUACAGACAAGAGUACAUAACUCUGUCAAGGUUUUUGACAGAAUUAUGGCCCUUUUUUGACUUAGAAAGUGUAUUGAGCUUGGUUAAGUUUUUUGUACCACCUCACUUUAUUUCAAAACCAUUGGAGGUAUUGCUUUGAAACUGACCAUACCUGUUUACCAUCACGACCUUCAUCAACAGACAAGAGGACAUAACUCUGUCAAGGUUUUUGACAGAAUUAUGCCCCUUUUUGACUUAGAAAAUACAUUGAAUAUGGGUAAAAUCCACUUAUUGCCUUAACCCUUUGAGAUAUUGCUUUGAAACUUUUAAUGCUAUUUCACAUCAUUACCCCCAUCUGUACGCAAGAGAAGGUAACUCUGUCAAGGAUUUGUUUUAAAAAUUAAGGCUUUUAUCGACUUAGAAUCUUGGUUAAGUUUUUAGUACCAGUCCACUUUUUGACUGAAGUGUUUGAGAUAUUAAUUUGAAAGUUGGAAUACUUGUUUACAAUCAUGAUUCCCAAACAUGUCCAGGAGAAGGUAAUUCUGUCAAAGAUUUUAUUUGAAUUAUGGCCCUUAACUGUCAAUGUUUUGUAUUAUAGGCAAGCACUAAAAAACUUAAAAAAUCUAAAAAAAUUCAUUCCUAUCCACUUGUUCACUUUACCAUAAAUUAUGUCAUAUAAACAUUGCUGUAAUAUUCAAGGGUAUCAAACAACUAGUUCACUUUAAAAAUACAGAGAUUCUUGUAUUGCCUUUUACUGCAAAAACUUUUUUUAUUGGCAAGCAAUAAAAAAGUCGAGCGCGCUGUCUUACGGACAGCUCUUGUUUAUGAUAAUACUAUAUAGAAAAUUUUAUGAAAAAAUUGCCAUAUAUUUACAGAUAAAGAAACUCUUGUAUAUUAUCAUUAUCAUAAAGAUUUAUUUUAGAAAUGAUUGAUGUCUUUCCUGUUUGAGACAGAGUUUUUGUUAUUUACUAAUGGUCUAAUUAAUGAAGAAGUUCUGUUGAUUUCUUUCUCUCCAGCAAAUGAUGAUGAUAAGCUUUUUCAUAAAAAACUGUUGGAUUUUACAAAAUACAAAAAUUAAGCAGUUAAAUGUCUUAGAUAAGCCUCCAGUGUUGAAACGUUCUAUGUAAGAAGUAAAACAAAAACAAACAAAAUUAUUUUAUAUAACUAUAUGUCCACUAUUAAAUUUUGCUAUAAUUCUAUUUCUACUGUACUUACUGUUUAUAUUUAUUUAUUGUUGAAAAGAAAAUUGUUGUUUUAGAUGUGGUUAAUAUAUUUUGUAGAAUCUCUGUUAACACUUUCACUGCCAUAGGGAUGGCUUAUGCCAUCCAUGUUAUUCUCGGUGUAUUUGCCAUAUGGACGGCUUUGGCCGUUUCUAUAAUAAUUAUAGUAAUAAAUUAAUAAUAAUAAAUAUAAAGAAAAUUAUACCAUUGACAAUAAUUAUCAUUAUACUAACAGAUUUGGAAACAUAUAUAAUUAUUAUAAUACUACUAAUAAAUAAUUAUGAUUAUAUUGUCAGACCGGUUCCGAUUCAGGAUUAUAACAAUAGUCACAACAAAUUUGUAAAAUUAAAUAAUUCUUUUAAUUUCUUUAUAUCACUCAAAUAAUAAAUUUAUUUGACAGUCAAUAAUAGACAAAUACAUGUAAUAAAGAAAUACAUGUAAUAAAUAGAAUAAAUAUUGCUUAAAAUACCUUAAUAUCUUUAUCUUUCAUUUCUAAGAAUAUUAUUUAUGUUAUCAAUUUCAGUUAUCUUUUCCGUUAUGAUCCUUUAAUUGAAAUUCGGUCUAUUUAAAUGCUUAUUUCGUGUACAUAUGACGUCAAAAUGAAAGUAGGAUUUCCCGUAAAAACUGGGUUAAUGUGACGUCACAAUAUAAUUAUAGUUAACAAAAUGGCGGACUAAUUUCAGACAAUAUUUGAUAAUGAGGAAAAGUGACAUAUAUAAAAAUAUAUAAACAAUCAAUCAUGACAGGAUAUGAAUGUAAGUUAAUUUAAAUAUCGUAUCAGCAUGGUAAACGAAUGCGGUCAAUGAAAUGGAGUGGGUGGGGAACAGCCUAGCAAUAUUAAUUGAUAAUAUAGUAAUUUCUUAGAAAACCCUCUGGCAAAUAGGAGAUCAAUAAAACAAUAACCCUCUUGCAGUGAAAGGGUUAAAUUAUGUUUGAUGUAAAGUGGAUUGUUUUACAAUGGAUACAUUUUCCAUAAGAAACUUAUCUUUAGUGUCUGAUGUUCUUUUAUGUCUGUAUUGGGGCUUUGUUUUGUUGUGCAAAAUACUCAGAUGUAUUUUUCUUUCUUUCAUGUGUUUUUUUGUUAUUGUUAGAUAUAUUUCCCUAUGUCAUUGUUUAUUUGAUAUUUAUAUAUUUUAUUAUUUCUCAAAUUGCUGUUCUCAUUUUUUUCUCUUCAGUACAUAGUAAGGCAUAGUUAAACCAUAUUUACUUUUUCUGUGUCUAUUUAUAGACUUGGUUAUCAAAGACAAGUUUUUCUAUGGUGAUAAUGCUCUACUAUGAUAUCAAUAUUUGUCAAGCUUAGGGUAGUUAUAAUGAGUUUUACCAUGAUAUCAACUUUUCCUUUGUUAUUGAUGAUAAGACCUGAAGUUUAACCAUGAUAUCAAAAUUUGUUAAGCUUUACAUAGUAAUACAUAAGUUUUACAAUGAUAUCAAGGUUUUUUUUUUCAGUGGUUUAUAUGAUAAGAUCUAGUUUAACCAUGAUAUCAAUAUUUGUUAAGCUAUACAAAGUAACUAAGAUAUCAACUUCUAUCUAUUGUUUAUAUAUUUAGUUGAAUCAUGAUAUCAAGAAAUAUCUAUGGUUUAUGUGGUAAACCUAAUUUAACCAUGGUAUCAAUAUUUGUUCAGCUUUACAUAGACUUAAAUUAACCAUGAUAUCAACAUUUCUAUGCUUUACAUGGAAAAACUUACAGGUAGUUAAACCAUUAUAUGAACUUUCUUUCUAUAAUUUAUGUAUGGGGACGACUUUGUUAACUUUUUUUUUCUAACAAGCUUAUUUAUUAUUGUAUGUCUUAUUGUGGGCAGAGAUGUGGGAACAUACUUUUUUUCAAACUGAUACUGUUGUGAAAAAUAAUAUGUUGUCUUUAAUAUUCAGGAAAAAAUGAUUUUGUUGUGUGAUUAAAUCAGCAUUGUUUAUUAUAUUUUAAUAUUUAUUGAAAUAUUUUUUUUUUAAUGCGAGCAUGGACAAUGACUUACCUAUGCAACAAUUUUGAAAUCAGAACUCCCUGCACAUCCCAGCAGUCUGACUAGACUCGAUGCUGGACUUAAAACCACUUGCCCCUGACGCUGUUGGUUCAAAUCCAAUCGAUAACAAGUUUUUUUAUGUGUGGAAGCAAUAUACUACAGGUAGCUUACAGAAGGUUGCUGGUUUAUUCAGGUGCCCGCUCAUGCCUGGAAUAAUGCACGGAGCAGCAUCUGUAGUCUUUUGCUGUUUUACCUUUAUAGAGUUGCUGUGACUUAAAAUCCAACAAAACAAACUAUACUGUUUACUAGUUAGUAAUCAAUUUACCUUUUUGAUAACUAUUGUGAAAAUGCAGAAAAAAUAACAAA